AUGCAAGUCCUACUAGCCUCACAAGAUUUGUGGGAGUUAGUGGAUCAAGGAUAUGAUGAGCCAACUACUCUCGAAGAUGAAGGAAAUUUAAAUAAAACUCAAAAGACGGCGUUAAAAGAUUCAAGGAAGAGAGAUAAAAAGGCCUUGUAUCUACUCUAUCAAGGCAUUGAUGAGUCAAGCUUUGAAAAGAUUUCAGCAGUAGCAAAUUCACACCAUGGAAUUGAGAAGACGAUAAGAGUUCGACUCCAAGUGUUACAUGGCGAAUUCGAGAUGCUGCACAUGAAUAAGAAUGAGUCAAUUUCUGAGUACUUCAACAGAACGUUGACCAUUGUUAAUCAGAUAAGAAGAUAUGGAGAGAAAAUAGAAUCUCUUCAAAUGAUAGAGAAGAUUUUACGAUCACUCAGUCUCAAGUUCGAGCACGUGGUUGUAGCAAAAGAAAAGUCCAAGGAUCUUAGUGCCAUGACCACCGAUGAGUUGAUGGGCACACGGAGGACAUCACAAAGAAGCCAAGGAAGAGGUCGUGGUUACAAUAACCGAAAGUUCUGGUUUUCAAGGAAGAGGCGGAAGAGGUCUAGCCAGAGGAGAAAGAAGUCAACCACACUUGCUCCAAUAGGAAGAGCAAGAGGAAGAGGAAAUGGUUACAACAACCGACUAGGAUUUGACAAAAGCAAUGUUCAAUGCUACAUUGCCACAAGUUCGGGCAUUACAGCAACGAAUGCUGAAGUAGAGCAACAACAGAAGCCCGAGAAUUCAGGAGUCAGUAAUCACAUGUGUGGUAAAAGAGAGUUGUUCAUCGAGCUUGACGAUACUGUACAAGCACAAGUCUCAUUUGGUGAUUCUUCAAAGACUCCAGUAAAAGGAAGAGGCAAUAUUCUGAUCAAGCUCAAGAAUGGAGAUCAUGAUUACAUCUCCAAUGUUUAUUAUGUUCCUGUCAUGAAAACAACAUUUUGA